AUGCUCAAAUCGACGCGAGAACCACGCUUCCGCCACGAGCCCGGUUGUCGGUGUUCCGGGGUCGGCAAUGCACUUCGAAGCCCGCAACUAGGGCCGCUGGGUCGUAUGGCCGCCGCCGUGCUGGAACUGCUUGCCAGGAUCGGUGACUUAGAGCAAUCGCUCACUGCACUGCGCAAUCUCACCUCCUAUACAUCUCGAAAGGGGUUAAGCUCCACGAUUCUUCAAGAGCUCCGAGCGCGAGCCGAAGCCUACUUCCAGGCCGCUCAACGCCGAAUCGGUCUUCUCUACCACGACAACUCGAUCCUUGCCGUCCAGUGUAGCUUUUUGACGGCGGUUUACCUCAUGUCUACCAUGAGAAUUCUAGCCGCGUGGAAAUGCUUCGCCCAGACAGGCACGCAGUAUCUGGCGUGGAGAAUCCACCGUGUUCAAGACCAGGGCCCCGACGCCAUGAAUCAGCCUGUGCCGGGAAACGACGGCGAGGGAUACAUUGCGGAAAGCCUCUACUGGAGCUGCUUGAAAAGCGAGCUGUCUGAGCUUGAAACAGGUUGGUUUUUCUACCUCGCCGAAAUCGCCACUCGACGUAUCAUGAACGACGCCCUAUCUAGUCGCUAUCAGCCAUUCAGCUGGUAUUUCCAGAGUAAAUGGUGGACAGAGGAGGAGGAGCACCACUUCGUGCAAUAUGUGGAGCGGCUCGAUGGGGAGCUCGAGUCGUGGUACGCUACUCUACCCGCUCCAAUGGUAUUUCCCAGAGACCCCGCAAAGCCGGUAGGCGAUGUCAUGCGCGCCAUACUUCGCGGCCACUUACUUGACAUCCGCGAGGUUUUGUAUUUCCCGGCACUCAAGGCGCUCUGCGAAUCACCUCAGCUGCAGGACCUGGGCCCAAGGACGCAGCGACUAGCCCGUCUCGCCAUGGAGAAUGAUAUGAGUAGGAUCGCCAUAUGUGAGGAAGGACCGUGGCAUCGGCACCAGGGCACAUGGUUGAUGCUACGCAAUUGUACAAAAGCACCCUUCACCUCUUGGCCAUUGCACUGCGGGGCCUAA